UCUCCUAAUCCGCCCAUGGCCCUCUGCCCUACACAUACACACACACUGCCCAUCACCACCCCUCCCCUGUAUAAAACUCCCAUUGUCUCUCACUACAAUAGUCAUUCUCCUGGGCUCCUCUGUCUGUCUGUCACACCGUUGAAACCUCACCUUGCUCUUGCCAUGUCUGAUGUAGAGGAGGAAUACGAGGGGGAGCAGGCGGAAGAGGAGGCAGAGGAGGAGCCAGAGGAGGAGCCAGAAGAAGAACCACAGGAGGACGAUGGGGGAGAGAAACAAGAGUACACAGAGCAGGAAGCUCAGGAGGAGGAAGAGGAGAAACUCCCCAUUCCCAAGCCCAUGGUGCCCCAGCUAGCCCCUCCCAAGAUUCCAGAGGGGGAUAGGGUGGACUUUGAUGACAUCCACAGGAAGAGGAUGGAGAAGGACCUCAUUGAAUUGCAGAGUCUGAUUGAUGUCCACUUUGACCAGAGGAAGAAGGAGGAGGAGGAGCUCAUUGGGCUGAAGGACCGAAUUGAGAAGCGUCGGUUCGAGAGGGCAGAGGUGCAGCGAGUUCGAGCGGAGAAGGAGCGGGACCGGCAGAACAGGAUUGCGGAAGAGCGGCAGAGAAAGGAAGAUGAGGAGGCUAAAAAGAAGAACGAUGACGAGGCCAAGAAGAAGAAGGUUCUUUCCAACAUGGGGGCCAACUUUGGGGGUUUCCUGCAAAAGGCGGAGCAUCGUGGGAGAGGGAAGCGUCUAACUGGGAGAGAGAUCAAGAAGAAGACCUUGGCUGAGAGACGACCCACACUGGAGAUCGACAACCUGAGAGAGGACGCCCUGAAGCAACAAGCUCAGGAGAUGUGGAACUGGAUCUACACGCUGGAGUCGGAUAAAUUUGACUUCAUUGAUCACAUGAAGAAACAGAAAUAUCAGAUUAUCGUUCUCUUGAAUAGAAUCACAAGUGCCCAGAAAUUUAAAAAGGUCCAUGGUAAGGGGAAGGUUGGCGGUCGGUGGAAGUAAAGAAGCUCCCGCUCUCAUAGGGCCGAAGGGAGAAGACGACUUUGGAGGGAACAAGAAAGGAGGGAGAUCCCACCAUCCCCUCUUCCAUCUUUCCCCUCUUCUUUGGCAUGUCCUCAUGUGUUUCAUUGCAAAAUACAAGUUAUAAUAAAAUGUAUUGAUAAUAAAACGGUGCACACUCA